AUUAAGUGCUGCUGAAGAGGAUUUAUUUAGUGCAUUAAAACUAAAUGACAAACGACUCAAAGAAAACGACGUGCCUGUUGCGAGUUUGCGAAUUUAUGUAAAGGCUUAGUUCAUGAAUAUUUAAUAGAUGUCGGUAACGUUGUUACUAUAGCUUCCUUGCAGUGUCCAGGCUCGUAGCUUUAUUAAUAUUCAUAAAACUCUGUUUGUUUAUUCAACUGUUGAGUUGUGUCCAAUCAGAAAGACUUCAAAGGCUCUGGACCUACUUUGCGAACGUCAUUUUUUAAUUAAUAUUCAUGAGUAGGAAUAGCGAAAGACAAGGUUAUGCCCCUCCUUCAGGUACAAAAACACCUGUCAGCAGUCAGCUGAGGACAGAUUCAGAUUCACCCGACGAGCAAAUGGACUCCGGGAAGCCUUCAGCUGCAGAGUCUGAGUGCAAGAAUGAACUGGAGGAAGGAGCCGGGGAUUGGAAAGUUCCAGGUGUGAAGGAUGGCAAGAAGGACCCCUGGUCACGUGACAGCUCCACAUCUUCCUCCGACAGUGAGGAUGAUGAUAAAGACAAGAAGAAGAAGAAGAAGAAAAAGCUGAAGAAGAAAAGAUGCAAGAAGUGCAACUCAUCUUUCUCAUCAUCAUCAUCUUCAUCAUCAUCAUCAUCAUCCUCCUCAGAUAGUGACAGUAGCGAGGAUGAAAAGAAGAAAAAGAAGAAAAUGAAAAUCAGCGAGACGGCAGAGCCGGUGAUUCUAGAAGAAGCAGGUCUGGAGGGACACGCUGAAUUAACUCUUGCUGGAGACGAGGAGAAGAAAAAGACGAAAGACAAAUUUCCCCAGGAUUCAACUGACAGUGAGAAUGAUAAAAAGAAGAAGAAAAAGAAAAAGAAGAACAAGAAGAAGAAAAAAAUGAAGAAGAAGAAGAAGAGGAAGAAGAAGAGAAAGCAUUCCAGCUCAUCUUCCUCCUCUGAAAGCUCAUCUUCCUCAUCAGACAGUGAGGAUGAUCACAAGAAAAAGAAGAAGAAGAAGAAAAAGAAGACUAAAAAGAAGAUGAAGGAUUCAAGCAGUUCUUCCUCUGACAGCUCCAGUGAAGAUGAAGAGAAGACGAAAAAGAAGAAGAAGAAGAAGGACAAAAAGAAGAAAAAGAAGAAGAAGGAAUGUAGUUCGGACAGUGAGGAUGAGGAGAAGAAGAAGAAAAAACACAAGGAAAAGAAGGAUAAAGAUUCCAGCUCCUCUUCAUCAUCCGACAGUGAUGAUGACAUGAAGAAGAAGAAGAAAAAGAAGAAGAAGAAGAAAGUUUCAUCAUCGUCAUCAUCAGACAGCUCUUCUUCAUCCUCUGACAGUGAAGAUGACAAAAAGAAGAAGAAGAAGAAAAAGAAAAAGAAAAAGAAAGUGAAGGAUUCAUCUUCAUCUUCGAGUAGCUCUUCAUCAUCAUCUGACAGUGAGGAUGACAAAAAGAAGAAAAAGAAAAAGAAGAAGAAAAAGAAGAAGAAGAAAAAGAAAGUAAAGGAUUCAUCUUCAUCAUCAUCUGACAGUGAGGAUGACAAAAAGAAGAAAAAGAAGAAGAAGAAGAAAAAGAAAAAGAAAGUGAAGGAUUCAUCUUCAUCUUCGAGUAGCUCUUCAUCGUCAUCUGACAGUGAGGAUGACAAAAAGAAGAAAAAGAAGAAGAAAAAGAAAAAGAAGAAGAAAGUGAAGGAAUCAUCUUCAUCAUCAAGUAGCUCCUCAUCCUCAUCUUCCGACAGUCAUGAUGAGAAGAAGAAGAAGAAGAAGAAGAAAAAGAAGAAACAUAAGAAUGGGAAGAAUAAGAAGAAAGCAAAAGCAGAUGAUAAGGAUGGAGAGAACACCUCGCCGAAGACUGAAGGAGAAUCCGGGGGUUUGGAGUCUCUCAGCACGACAGAUUACAGUCGUGAUUCUCAGGUUUCUCCAUCUCCGGUAGCCUCCAGCUUGCCUUCUGAUCAUCUGAGCGAAGCCUCACAGAAGAGCAGCAGCGCCACCCGCAGGCCUCUGACCGCCAUGGAGAGCCUGAUGGGACAUCCUCAGAGAAACACACUGGAGACCAGCAGAUACAACACACCUUAAGUGCCCUAGAAACACUUACAGAAAAGUACCAUGACAGUACCAUGUUUUAUUGGACUUAUUCUGAUGAUGUAUUUUUGAAGGCCAACCCGUAUGUUAGCAUCACUCUGGUUGCUUUGACAAUUCCCAAUAGGAAUUUUCCAUUGGCUUUUGGAUUAUAGCAGAAAAUAAGCUCUGUGACCAACAAAAAUCUGUUUUCUGAUAGACUGUAUUGCCUUCAAACCCUUAAAACUUUAAGCUUUAAAACUAUUUUAAACUUCUAACUACUUCAAAUAAUUGAAAACCUUCAAACUUCAAGCUUUUAAAACUUCUUUAAACUUCCUGGUCAGGCUUACUCAAGCCAAUGUCAAAGUGUGUCUUCGUGAACUUUUUUAUCUAGUAAUAAUUUGAUGAGCUUCUUUGAUGAAUAUUCAUAAAAUAUAUAUAAUAUAAUUUCCAGCUUGGUUACAAUUAACAUUUAUAUCUGCAAUUUUGCUAUUACUUAAAUUUGAUAUUCUUAAAAGCACUAUGGUACUACCACAGUACUUUUUUGUCAUGGUGUUAGGAAGAUGUUAAGACAUUAAUGCAUACGAUCAGUUCAAAUGUGGGCUUUGAAAAUGCAUGUGUGUUUAGAAGUCAUUAAUUAUGUGUUUGUUUGUUUUUUUAUGAGAUUUAUAGAUGCAGCACUUAAACACAUCUGAUAUUUUAACCCAACAGCUGUAUCUUGCUUUCUUGCAAUUUAAAGUAAAAAAAAAAAAAAACAUGCCAACAUUAAUUCUGAAUUAAGAGUCAAAGAACAAUUUUAUUGUGAACGGUACUAAUAAAAUAUAUUAAAAGCUUGUAAAAAAAACAUAUACAGUUCAUCUAAAAAUGGUGUUUCAUUCUGUGCAAUAAUAAUCUACCUGAGAGAGUUUGUGGAGCAGAAAAUGAAAUGAAAACCACACCUGGAUACUUUACAUCUUGGGCUGCUGGGAAGUUAAUUGGUGUAACUUUACAAUAAGGUCUCAUUUGUUAACAUUAAUAAAUGUAUCAGCUAAUAAUGA